UGCACCGGUCAGGUUUUCGCAACGCGUGAAUUUUAUCCCUCCUCCUCGUUUCUCAGCGUAUUGAAUUUCACGUUAUCACGUUUUCUUGAUGCCACCGGAAAUCUGAUUCGCGCGAUUGCAGGAGGCGCGACUGAAAUGCGAUUGCCAAUUUCUUGAUCGCGAUCGGGUGAGUCAACGUUAUCGUCACUUCGCGCGUGUACACGUCUUCAAAAGUAUUGCGAUUAUACUGCGAGUGCGCGCAAACCGGCACUUUUAUAUAUCUCUACGGAUCUCGAGAUGAAUAUUGGGGAUGAAGUGGGGAUCGACAAGCGCAAUGUUAGAACGAUCGACUGAUAUGUCAAUUUUACGGCGAAUUGCAUGAUGCGUGCAGUUUUUCCCCCUUCGUCGAAGUGAUCGAAAUGUAAUGACAAGAGUGUUUUGUACUGUCUAGAACCGAUGGUAAUUGACAUCUUGUGCAACAAAGUAUUCCUUCUGACGAGUGAUUUCGAGAAAGUUCGAGAAAAGCGAAUAAGCUUGAGUCGCUCAUUCUGUGGAGUUAACUAUAUGGAAUUCGAGGUAAAAGUUGAAGAAAUAAGUGAUUCUUGCAAUCCAUACAAUACCACUCGGCAUAUUGAUGCACAGCGCACGUGUGCAUAUGAUAAUAAAUCAUGAUAUGUUUGCGAUCAUAUUGCACAUGAACGUCAUACGUCACACAAAGACAUGGAGGACACAAGAAUGCUCAAAAAGGUAUUCAAAGAAAGAGUAUAUGGAACCAAGGAAGAGAUGGGAGGAUUCUGUGAACAUGAACAGCAUGUUGCUGCUUGGCAUAAGGAACUGGAGGAUAAGGACGUUGGACCGAGGCAGUUGAGGCAAUGCAUACAGAAGACCAAGACUCGAUACGAUUGUAGAGUCUAAUAAUAAUAAUAAUAAUAAUUCACGUUAUUUUUUUAGCAAACAAUCCAUGAACGCAGUUUAGAAGAAUUUGAAUUUAUAAAAAUUAUCGCAAUGGAGAGAUUACGCGACAAGAGUGAUCGAAAAUAAUUAUCAAUACAAAUAACUCAAAAUCAAAUUCAAAAAAUCAUUCAAAAAUGAAUAAAAGUAUAAUAAUGGAAAGUAUAUUUGCAUUGCUGUUGGUGAGUAUGGCGAUUAUGCAGAAUGAUCUUGGCUCUGAGCGGACUCUGACUGGACGGCAACAAUCAAGAUCUCUACGAUGAUUCUACAAUGCAACCAAGUCUUCUUUGAGUUGUUCAGUUUCGUGAUAGUUCAUUGCGUAUCUUGAUUUCGGUGCGACUCUUUUACGAGUUGCAAGUUCCACAGCUCGGGUAAAUGUCCGGAGGGAUUUUAAAAAUUCCGGCUAAUCAGUAUUCGUAUUUCUAAGGAUAUUUCGAAAAAUAAUGUGGAAGUGGUGGCAAUUUUAUUCUGUUCUAUUGUACCUGUGCACGAGGACGUUGUGCGAAAAAACCGUUCUCGAUACACCUAUUAUCUUGACGUCUCUUCGCAUAUUUCGGAACUGGAGUUUCAGUGCUUUCGGAAGGACAGGAACGGAAGAAAGAUAUUUGCAAUUGGCAAGAGAUGCGGGCAAAGUACAAGAAGUCAUUCCUAAUCAUGUCCCGUUCCCAUGCAACGUAACAGGAGGACGAUCGUUGGAAGUACCAGAUUCGGUGCAUAAAUUAAGACCAGGUGAUAUUGAUGUAAUUGGCGCUAUGGGUGAUUCGAUCACGGCUGGAGCUGGGGCUUUUGCAACCAAUGUAUUUCAAAUCAUAAUAGAGAACAGAGGAAUUAGCGCAACUGGCGGGGGUCAAGGCACAUGGAGGCAGUAUCUGACUGUUCCUAAUAUCCUCAAAGAAUUCAACCCCAAUUUGAUAGGCUACGCGCUGGGAGAUUCAUUAGCAGCAAACGAAGCAGCGCAGCUGAAUGUUGCUGAGAGUGGUUCCUUUACCGAGGAUAUGCCACACAUGGCUGAGGUAUUAGUUACAAGGAUCAAACGACAUCCAAAAAUAGAUCUACAAAAGCAUUGGAAGUUUAUCUCAAUAUCGAUCGGGGGCAACAACUUUUGCACCGAUAUUUGUUGGGUUCCAUCAGGACCUUGGUCAGUCCUCGAAAAACACAAGGCGAGCAUGCUUCAGGUUUUGCGGACACUCCGAGACAAUCUGCCACGGACAUUCGUAGCGUUGAUCCCUCCACUGCAUUUAAGAGCCUUGGUCGAUGCUAUGAAAGGACGUCGAACCCCGUUGUGUUAUUUCACAUCAAAUUUCGAGUGUUCUUGCUUGUUCGGCCUUGCAUUUGAGAGAUUUAAACCACUGUAUUACGAGCUUAUGAGACGGUGGCAACAGGUAGAUAUGGAAAUUGCUACUUCUCCGGAGUUUCAGAGAGACGACUUCGUAGUUGUAGCCCAACCCUUCCUAAUGGAUUUAACUGUUCCACUUGCGUCAGAUGGAUAUAGCGAUAUGACAUAUUUAAGUGUCGAUUGUUUCCACAUUAGUCAAAAGGCGAACGCUUGGUAUGCAAACUCCCUAUGGAAUAAUUUGUUCGAGCCAGUAGGUGCUAAAUCGACGAAGCCGAUAAAAUUAUUCAAAAAAUUUUAUUGUUCUACGGAGGAGAGGCCUUAUCUAGCUACAAUAUUGAAUUCAAAAAGAUAAAGCUGCUAACAAAGCUAAAACUAAGUUGUUUAUGUGAAAGACAUUGAUAUAUUCGAAAA